AUGGUGAGAGUCUGGAGGAAGAAGCUCUGGGCAUCCUGCCUGUGUAUCACAGUAGCCUCCUUUCUCCUCAUUUCCUUCCAGGUGGUCAGUGAGCUUGGCAAAUUUGAAAGGCUGAAGAUAGAAAACUCCAAUCUGAAAGAUGGGAAACACAAGCCUGAAGAGGCCACCAAACAUCUCCAUCCAUUCCUUAAGAAGGGACUGUACCAGAGUAAGAGGAGGGGAUCCAAAGUGGACAGCUAUCCCAUCAUGCUCUGGUGGUCCCCACUAACCGGGGAAACUGGGAGGUUAGGUCACUGUGGAACAGACACCUGUUUUUUUACCAUCAAUCGGAGCUACCAGCAUCACCAUCUGACCAAAGCGUUCCUGUUCUAUGGAACUGACUUCAGCAUAGAUAGUUUGCCUCUGCCUCGGAAAGUCCAUCACGACUGGGCCCUCUUCCAUGAAGAGUCUCCUAAAAACAACUACAAGCUCUUCCACGAGCCGGUCAUCACGUUGUUCAACCACACGGCUACGUUCAGCCGCCACUCCCAUCUGCCCUUAACCACUCAGUACCUGGAGGGUGUCGAUGCCCUGAAGUCCCUCAGGUACAUGGUUCCCUUGCACACCAAAAACAGCCUGCGGCAGCGCCUGGCCCCACUGGUCUACGUGCAGUCUGACUGUGACCCGCCCUCGGACCGGGACAGCUACGUGCGGGAGCUCAUGACCCACAUCCAAGUGGACUCUUACGGCGAGUGUCUUCGAAACCGAGACCUCCCUCCGCAGCUGAAAAACCCGGCCUCCAUGGAUGACGACGGCUUCUACCGCAUCCUCGCCCAGUACAAGUUCAUCCUGGCAUUUGAGAAUGCCGUCUGUGACGACUACAUCACUGAGAAGUUCUGGAGGCCUCUGAAACUCGGCGUGGUCCCUGUGUACUUCGGCUCGCCCAGCAUCACUGACUGGCUCCCCAGCAACAAGAGCGCCGUGCUGGUCACUGGCUUUUCCCACCCCAGAGAGCUGGCCAGCUUCAUCAAACAGUUGGACAACAACGACAAAGAGUACGAGGCCUACCUAGAAUGGAAGCUAAAGGGUGAGGUCUCCAACCACCGGCUUCUCACGGCCCUGAAGGAGCGCAGGUGGGGGGUGCAGGACAUCACCCAGGACAACUACAUCGAUGCCUUCGAGUGCAUGGUGUGCAACAAGGUGUGGGAGAACAUCAGGCUGCGGGAGAAGGGCUUCCUCCCUAAGAGGUGGAAUGCAGAGGUGACCCACCUGAGUUGCCCCAAGCCCCAGGCUUUUGCCUUCCCGAUCCCAGCUCUGCAGUGGACUUCUCUUCGGGAGAUGUGGAUUCCGAGUUUUGAACAGUCCAAGAAGGAAGCCCGAGCCCUGCGGCAGCUGGUGGAGAGGAAUCAGAAUUUCACUGCACAAGAGUUUUGGGCCCUGGUGUUCAAAGACUGACUUUUUAGGGUUGUCAGUUUGGAGCUACACCAUAGCUUUAGGCCCUACCCAGACAUGAGAGUCUUUGCCAUGUGGGUGUGGGGUGCUGCUCUCUAGGUUGCCUUAAUAACAUUGUAAGUCAAUAAUAAGAAAGUCAUUUUGUUAACUUAUAUUCUAGGAUAGAAAUUAAUUGGUGCAGUACCCCUUAUAUUUUUAUAUUAAAAA